AUGAAAAUAGAAAUUCAUGCAUUCAGAUCACUUCGAUCACCAAUUAUGUAUCGAUGUACUGUUUGCAUGUUUCAACAGGAUUCAGUGCUUUUGUUAAUAAGUCAUCUAAAAAACGUACAUAAUGUAUUGCCAUAUGAAUGUCAUUCAUGUGGGAUAUCAUUUCUGGAUGUUCACACAACUACAAAACAUUUUAGUGAAGCAUCAACUUGCACUAGAAAUGAUCUCAAAAUUAACAUUGCACCACUUUAUGCUACAAAAACUAAUUCCAAUUGUAAAUCAUCGUUCACUUUACUUGACGAAGCUGCAAAACGAACUGCUCAAGAAUUGUUCUAUAAAUCGCAUCUAAACACAAAUAUCACUUCUAGCAGUACAAGUAAUUCUGUGCCAACAAUAAUGCCAAACGAAAAAUGUGAUAUUGAACAAAUGAGUAAUGCGCAUAUUAGUAAACGAUAUUGUGAAGAAAAUCAAAAAAUAUUAGACCAUACAUUACAAGAAAUGAAUUACAAAUGUACGAUAUGUAAUUGGAGUGCGAAAAAAAUAUGUGCGAUGGGAGAACACUUGCGUCUUCAUGCAGUUAAUCCAUCGCAAUCUCUUGAUGAUAGCCUUUCAAAAUUUUUUGAGACUAAAAUAAAAACUCAACCAGAUGGUUCUACCACAGAAUCAGAGCUUUCAUUACAAACUUUGGCAUCGAUGUCAAUUCCGUUACCUAUCUGGAUAACACCAAAUCAAUCAGCUUUUAAGCAGAUACAUCCAAUUCCUGGAAAAAUUCAACCUAACAUCAGUUAUACACCUAUUCCAGCAUUUCGUGAAAUUCAACAAGAAGCUAUUCAAAAACUCUGUUCUUUAUUUAUUGAUACAAGUAUCAAGAAUUCUCAAAAUGCAAUCAAUACAAUUCCGAAUUUUAGUCCUAGCUUAAAUUCGGAAAGUUUAUGUUCUAUAAAUUCUCCUUCCUCACAUGAAUCAGUCAAUUCAAGUUCUAAGUCCACGAUAUCAGAUGUGAGUACAUCAUCUUCAAAUUCAUUGAUUUCUGACGUUAUAAUUAAACCAAGCGAACAUCAAUACGAACAACGUAGCACAUUAUGCCCAGCAAUUAUCGUAACGAAAAGCAAGAUUCAACAACCAAACAACGAUGAUGAGGAGCCUGAAAAGAAGAAUUCUCUUACUAUCAUUCAUAAUCAAAUGGAGGAAGAUGAUUUUGUUGAUGUCGUACAAAUCGAUGACUAA